CAGUCCAAGGACAUCAUCCGCCUGGAAAGGGGGGGAAGUUUGAUCCUCUUUCUCACGGAUCGCAGUCAACGGGAGUUUUUUUUUCUCCCAACUCUUUUACGCAUAGGAUUUUCCCCUGUUUUGGCUCCGUUUGGUUUUUUUUAAAUUUUAGGAUUUGUCGCAAAACGUUGUAAAUCUCGGCGCGGUGUCUGCAGCUUGUGCGCUCCGCUACACUGGAUUUUAAUUUUAUUUUCUGUUUUCUUCCCGUCUCCUAAGUUUGCUUCAAGCUCAUGACUAUGCUUCUUGAUAGCGGUCCGCAGUUUGCAUCGUUAGGAGUGGGGGGUUUCGGGACACCACGGCACCACGAUAUCGGGAACAGAGACCCGGGUCUGGGACUGAAUCCCUUCACCGAUUCCUCCCACUCCGCAGCUUUCAAAAUCAGCCCCGUGUCUCACGAUAUCGCCUCCAGCCAGACAUCAGCGUUCACCCCGCAAGCCACUGGAUAUGCAGCUGCCCUGGGACACACUCACGGCGGGCAGGUGGGCUCGUACGGUGGAGGAGCGUUCAAUUCAACACGGGACUUUCUCUUCCGUAACCGGGGUGUCGGUGAGUCCGCAGCGCCUGGCGCCCAGCAUGGGAUCUUUGCAGCUUCGGCGGGGAGCCUCCACGGGCCGCCCGGGAUCGGCGAUAACCCCGGACAUCUGUUGUUUCCAGGACUCCACGACCAGGGGGUGAGCCACACUUCACCGAGUGGACAUGUAGUUAACAGCCAAAUGCAUCUUGGCUUACGCGGGGACAUUUUCGGAAGACCUGAUCCCUACCGUCCGGUCGCGAGCCCUCGGACGGACCCCUACGGAGCUCAGCUCCACAACUACGGCCACCCUAUCAACAUGAACAUGGGGAUGAAUGUGCCGACACACCACGGCCCAGGAGCCUUCUUUAGAUACAUGAGGCAACCGAUUAAACAAGAAUUAUCCUGCAAAUGGAUAGACGAGAACCAGAUGAACAGACCCAAAAAGACUUGUGACAGGACUUUCAGCACCAUGCACGAGAUGGUCACUCAUGUGUCCAUGGAGCACGUCGGCGGCCCCGAGCAGAGCAACCACAUCUGCUUUUGGGAGGACUGCCCGAGAGAAGGGAAAUCUUUUAAGGCCAAGUACAAACUCGUCAACCACAUCCGUGUGCACACGGGCGAAAAACCGUUCCCAUGCCCGUUCCCCGGAUGUGGGAAAAUAUUCGCCAGAUCGGAAAAUUUGAAAAUCCACAAAAGAACACAUACAGGUGAGAAGCCGUUUAAGUGUGAAUUUGAUGGCUGUGACAGACGCUUCGCCAACAGCAGCGACAGGAAAAAGCACAUGCAUGUGCACACAUCAGACAAGCCAUACAUCUGCAAAGUGUGCGACAAGUCAUACACACACCCCAGCUCUCUCAGGAAACACAUGAAGGUACAUGAGUCUCAAGGAUCUGAAUCGUCUCCAGCAGCAAGCUCUGGAUACGAGUCGUCCACACCGCCAGUGCUGGUCUCAAACAGCACUGAAGACCCGACAAAAACACCGCCGUUAGCCGUACAAAACACGUCCGGCCACAGCGAAGGACUGGCACCCAACUUUAAUGAAUGGUACGUUUGAAGUCAGAGGAACAAACCUCACAAUGUGGACCAAGGAGUUAAGGAUAAAAACCUUAAAAACUAUUCCUGUUCUCUUCACACACACACACUCACAGAGAGAGAGAGACACACACACACA